AUGUUCUCUGCCAUGCUGAUGGACCCCGAUCGUGUUGAGCACCCCGGGAUCCGCAUUGCCUACAGGACGGACAGUCACCUCCUGAAUCAACGGCGGAUGCACUUCCAAUCGCGCGUAUCCACAACCACCGUUCACGAACUUCUCAUCGCCGACGACUACGCCCUGAACACCACAUCGGAAGUGGAGAUGCCACGGAGCAAGGACCUGUUCUCUGCCGCCUGCGAGAACUUUGGGCUGGUCAUUAACAUGCAGAAGACUGUGGUGAUGCAUCAACCGGCACCCAAUUCAGCCACAGCCCACAACGCGUCGCCGCAAAUCAGCGUGAAUGGAACCCAAUUGCAGGCGGUGGAGAACUUCCCGUACUUGGACAGCACCCUCUCCCGCAACACCAUGAUAGAUGACGAAGUCGCCAACAGGAUCUCGAAAGCCAGUGAAGCCUUCGGUCACCUCAAAAGCACAGUUUGGAAUCGUCAUGGCCUCCAUCUGAGUACGAGGCUAAAAAUGUACAAGGCCGUCAUCCUGCCGACGCUUCUGUAUGGAGCGGAGACCUGGACGGUGUACACGAGGCAGGCACGCCUACUGGACCACUUCCACCUCAGUAGUCUCCGUCGCAUCCUGUGGCUGCACUGA